CUUCCGCCAACACCGAAACAGCCUUUGGCUUUCGCAUCAAGCAACUGUAGCUCACGUUCACGAUGCCGCACUGUCGCUUCUGCCUCGAUAUCCCUUUCCGGGACCUUCCCUACGAGAAUGAAGAAGGUUUCCCACACCAGCCCACCCUCGAUGCGCUGAGAGAAUCAGCCAAAUCUUGCAAGCUAUGCAAGAUUAUUCUGUGGGCAGCAGGCUGUUACCUAACAUCUCCCGGUGGAAUUGUCAUGUCCAAGCCAUCUGAGGAGCUGCCAGAUGGCCGCAAGUUCAUGACACAAGUGUUUGAAGGGAUGUACGAUACUAUGGGCGUCAUGCGCGGUUUCUCCAAUGGUGCAGUAGUAAUGAAUACGGGAAGCGCGCAGGCGGAAUUGGGUGAGCCACGGUCGGUAGAUCUGGAUGCUCGGUUUCCACAGGGAAGCAAUGUGAGACCAUGGCUUUACGGAAACUGGUACAGGUCGCCCUACCGUGACAGACAUCCACUCUUGGUUGGUUUGGGUAUUAGAUUGGGUAAAGGGGCAAUGUUGGGUGAAGCGGAAGGGAAUAGUGAGACAGAUGUCUUUAUCAAGGGGACGUAUUUGAGGAUUCGCACGGAUGAGGAAUCAGAAUUUUCUGCCAUUGUCCCUGGGCGACUUCGAACUGAUUUUCAGGGCUCUGAGAUAGCCUUUCAACGAGUCCACAAAUGGGUAGAAGAGUGCGACCGAGGCCAUGACUGCGACAAAAAUCACUCUUGUGACAAGAACAGAGAUUCGCCAAUUGUUCCGACUCGACUGCUAGAGGUAAGUGGAUCAGGGGAGACAAUCAGAGUCGUUCAGCUCGGAGAGCAACGAAGCCACUACUUGGCUCUAAGCCAUUCUUGGGGUCUCUCGCAUCGAAUCACAACAACAAAAUGGAACAUCGUAAAGCAUCGCGAAGGCAUUACUGUCGCCCAGCUACCCCCAACUUUCAGGGAGGCAGUGCUCAUUGCCCGUAAAUUGGACAUCAGCUACUUGUGGAUCGACUCCCUGUGUAUCAUUCAGGAUGACUUCUCAGAUUGGGAAGUUGAAGCGUCCAGAAUGGGAAACGUCUACGCUCACGCCUAUCUCACAAUCUCUGCACUGAGCUCAGCUGACGACGCUUCUGGCUGCUUUAGAAACGGGCGUGAUAUCAAAUUCGCCUCGACUCACAACCCACGUAUUUCAUGCGAUUCGUGGACCACCGGAUUCACAGCUAUCCCUCUAGCAGCAGGUCUAAUCAUAGACGGAAGGGAUAACGCGGUCGAGAUCCGGCGGUUUCGAGAAAUGGCUAUGCAGGGAGACCCAAAAUCUCGCCUUUACGUAACGUGUGAAUGGAUGCCUCCGUCUUUGAAAGACGAUCCAAAAUACUAUCUCGUAGGCCGGUUCGGCCGCAAAGUCGACCCAUUCGAGCAUGAACCGCUCAACAAGCGGGCAUGGACACUGCAGGAGCGCUUAUUAUCACCGCGGACUCUUCACUACGGUUCACAGGAGAUGUAUUGGGAGUGCCAGUACUGCGUGCUCUGCGAAGACGGUGCUCUCAUGACGAGGGAAUUCCCCACCAUGGAAAAGGUGGUGGCAUCACGAUAUCCUAGUGGAGGAGACGAAUCUCGUCACGAUAUUUGGCACAAACUAGUGCAGGAGUAUACGGGUCGUCACCUCACGAGAGACCAAGACAAGCUGCCAGCACUAUCAGGGUUGGCGAACUUGAUGGCGUCGAAAACUGGAGACCGCUAUAUAGCGGGACUUUGGGGAAACAAUAUUAUCAAAGAUCUCUACUGGUCGGUCGAGAUCAACGAGCCUUCGCAUCACUGCGAUGAUUCAGAACACGACGCCACGAUGCCGCCAGCAACAAAGGCAAUCGUGAAACGCCCUGCCCAGUAUCGCGCUCCGUCGUGGUCCUGGGCUGCUCUCGAUGGGAAAAUAGAGUACAGUCAUUUAAACGAGAAGGGCAUUCAAGCACGCUGUCUUGAUAUCCAGGUCCCACCUGCAGGGAAGGAUAAAUUCGGCAGAGUGCAACUCGGAUGGAUGAUAAUCGAGGGCCCAUUGUAUCUCCUUCAUCAGGUUGAAUGGGAGAAGGAGAGGUACAAACGGGUGUUCAAAUUCACUAUUUCCGUCGAAUUUCAAAGUGGCACAGGAACGAAGAAGUUUGGAAGUGGUCACGCCAAAUUUGACGACGAGGCGUGCUUUCCUAGUUUUGCCCUGAUGUUGGAUAACGAACAUGCGCUCAUCUUAAGGGCGAAUGGCAUGAGAACGUUCACGAGGAUCGGAACUGUGAGUUUGGUUAGAAUGAGUGAGGUCAAUGAUCCAUCGACGAGCGCUGGUCUGGUUAUGCAAGGCAAAAAUGAGAGCGAGAAACUGGGGUGGUCUGUGGAGGAUGAGCAGGCUGCUGAGAUAGCGGACGGGUCACCGCAGAUUGUUACUCUCUUCUAGGGUUCAUUCUGCCAAGGUAAGCUCCGUGUGGUGAUUCUGGAUGAUCUCUCAGCCUUUUUUUUUUGUUCGUGUCCCUUUAAGUCUGAUCCUCGUUCAGCUUUCCCAAUUCAGUCUUCAGUAAGGUCU